AUGCAAAAGGCUUGUAGAAAUACUUCAAAGGUCGAGGAGGAAGAGGAGACCAUCCCCUUCACUUCCGCCGCAAUAACUCUGUCACCGCCCCACAUUUCCUCCCUCUCGCUCCCUGACCGCAAGGAGGAGGAAGGGGGAGGAGCAUAGGAGGACGAGGAAGAGGAGGAGGAGGAGGAGGAGGAGGAGGAAGAGGUGGAGAGCAGGAUGAACGACCGGUUCAUCACACCGCCCCCUUCCCCGUCUUCUCCCCUUCUCUCUCUUCUCCCUCCACUGGGCAGGCCUGGCGCCAUGGCCUCCGAUUUUACGGGCUGCAGACAAAAAUUUCAACCUGUGUCCUCUGCGCUCCCAGUUAAUUAA